CUUGUACCAUGGGAUCUCUGUGAUCAUUCACAGACUUCACAAGUAGUAAGGAAUGAUGUCAGAAGUAACAUCUUGCUUACUACUGUUCAUGUGAUCACUGAUUGGCCAAUCAGUGAUCACAUGAUCUGGACCUCACACAGGAGGUCCCAUACAGCGAUCUGUGUACAAGGGGGCACGCACAGGCUGAAAAUGCGGGCGCCGUUUAUGAACGACAACCCGCUCCUGCACUGCUCCUGUCCGGCCGUUUAUGUACAUGGGCCGGACGGGAAGUGGUUAAUCACAGCACUAGGU